AUCCGGAUUACAUAAUUAGAGCCCGAGGUUCGAUGGGUCGUUUUGUGGGAGACGACUGUCUAAACAAAGGAGACCCGGUGACGUACCAGCACCAUGUUGACCGGGUUAUUCCACAUUCACGGCCUUUUCGUGGCCUCCCACCCCUGGGAAGUGAUCGUGGGGACCGUGACUGUGACCAUCUGCAUGAUGUCCAUGAACAUGUUCACCAGCAGCGACCAGAUCUGCAGCUGGAGCUAUGGCUGCCCCAAGAUUGAGGAGCAGAUCCUAAGCAGUGACAUCAUCAUCCUAACAAUCACGCGAUGCAUAGCCAUUCUCUACAUCUAUUUCCAAUUUCAAAAUCUGCGACAGCUCGGGUCAAAAUAUAUAUUGGGGAUUGCGGGUCUUUUCACAAUAUUCUCAAGCUUUGUAUUCAGCACUGUGGUGAUUCAUUUCUUGGACAAAGAACUCACAGGCCUUAAUGAAGCGUUGCCAUUCUUCCUGCUGCUGAUCGACCUCUCCAAAGCGUGUGCCCUUGCUAAAUUCGCCCUGAGCUCCAGCUCUCAGGAUGAAGUGAGGGAUAACAUAGCCCGUGGAAUGGCCAUCCUGGGACCUACCUUCACUCUGGAUGCCCUUGUGGAGUGUCUGGUGAUUGGGGUGGGCACUAUGUCAGGUGUUCGUCAGCUGGAGAUCAUGUGCUGCUUCGGCUGCAUGUCGGUCCUGGCCAACUACUUUGUCUUCAUGACCUUCUUCCCAGCCUGCGUCUCCCUGGUGCUGGAGCUGUCCCGCGAGAGCCGAGAGGGGCACCCUAUCUGGCAGCUGAGCCACUUCGCCCGCGUCCUGGAGGAGGAGGACAACAAGCCCAACCCCGUCACCCAGAGGGUGAAGAUGAUCAUGUCCCUGGGCCUGGUUCUGGUCCACGCUCACAGUCGCUGGGUUGCGGAACCGUCCUCCCAAAACCGCACGAUCGAAGGGCCCUGCGUGGCCCUGAGCCUGAACCUGAACGACAACGUUCCUAAGAGGAUUGACCAGGAGCGUCCCCUGUGGAGGUUCCACCUCUUCAGGGCGGUCAGCAUGGACGUGGAGCAGGUGAUCACGCUGGGGCUGGCCCUCCUCCUGGCCGUCAAGUACGUCUUCUUCGAGCAGGCGGAGACCGAGUCCACGCUGUCCCUGGCCAACCCCAUCACCAGCCCCUCAGCAGCCCAGAGGAGGGCUGCGAGUCAGUGCUGCAGGAUGGAGGCGGCCCCACCCAGAGGCCCGCAGGGGAACGCCCCACAGUCCGGCCGCGCCUCCAGAGAGGAGAAGGCUGAGGUCAUCUGUCCACCACUCGCCUCAGAAAAACUGAAAGAUGCCCCUGGGUCGGGCGGUGGCACCACAGCAGUGGACUGUCCUGCAGAUCAGCUGCUAAAGCAGCCCCCGGAGCCCCGCCCUGCCGCUGAGUGUCUCUCCAUACUGAAGAACCCAGAGAUGGGUGCGGGUUACCUAAGUGACACAGAGGUGAUCUCACUGGUGAACUCCAAGCACAUCCCGGGGUAUAAGCUGGAGGAGUUGAUGGAGACGCCCGAGCGUGGGGUGCUGAUCCGCCGCAAGAUCCUGGCCUCCAAACUGCCCGACCCUUCCGCCCUCGCCUGCCUGCCCUACGAGGACUACGACUACUCCAAGGUGAUGGGGACCUGCUGUGAGAACACCAUUGGCUACGUCCCCGUGCCGGUGGGAGUGGCUGGGCCGCUGCUCUUGGAUGGGAAGCAGUUCCACGUUCCCAUGGCAACGACGGAGGGCUGCUUGGUGGCCAGCACCAACCGAGGCUGCAGGGCAAUCGCUUUGGGUGGGGGUGCGAGCAGCCGGGUACUGGCCGAUGGCAUGACCCGGGGGCCGGUGGUGCAGCUGCCGUCCGCGUGCAGGGCUGCAGAGGUCAAGGCGUGGCUGGAGACUCCCGAAGGCUUCGAGGCCGUCAAGGAGGCCUUUGACCACACCAGCAGAUUUGCGCGCCUGGAGAAGCUGAUGGUCAGCCUGGCGGGAAGGAACCUGUACAUUCGCUUUCAGUCCAAAACCGGGGACGCCAUGGGGAUGAACAUGAUCUCCAAGGGCACAGAGCAGGCCCUCUCCCGGCUCCAAGAGGAGUUCCCCGAGCUGCACAUCCUGUCGGUCAGUGGGAACUUUUGCACCGACAAGAAGCCGGCCGCCAUCAACUGGAUCGAGGGCCGCGGGAAGUCCGCCGUGUGCGAGGCCACCAUCCCAGCCAGAGUGGUCAGAGAGGUUUUGAAGACCACCACAGAGGCCCUCGUCGCCCUGAACAUCAGCAAGAACCUGGUGGGCUCGGCGAUGGCCGGCAGUAUCGGGGGCUGCAACGCCCACGCGGCUAACAUCGUGACGGCCAUUUACAUCGCCUGCGGCCAGGAUCCUGCGCAGACAGUUGGUAGCUCCAACUGCAUCACCCUGAUGGAGGCAACAGGGCCGUCCGGGGACGACCUCUACAUCAGCUGCACCAUGCCCUCCAUCGAGCUGGGCACCGUCGGGGGCGGCACCAACCUGGCCCCCCAGCAGUCCUGCCUACAGAUGCUGGGCGUGCAAGGUGCCAGCCAGGACCGCCCGGGGGAGAACGCCCGCCAGCUCGCCCGGGUGGUGUGCGCCACGGUGCUCGCCGGGGAGCUCUCCCUCAUGGCCGCCCUCGCUGCGGGUCACCUGGUCAAGAGUCACAUGACGCACAACAGGUCAAAAGUAAACUUGCAAGAAAUUGCAGGGACGUGCUCCAAGAGUGCAAACUGAAGCUGGAAUGUACCAGAGCGGGGUCCUCUGGACAGGGGGACUGCCACAUCAGACGCUUGGGAAGCCUGCUUAAGUCUUAAGUCUCUCCAUGUCAACUUUCAGCAACUGCAACAGUGAGACUGAAACGUCCUGCCUGUUCAGCACAUUUGAACGACACACGUGAAGUAUAAGGCUGACAGAUGUCAUAACCCAGUUUUGUUGUUCAUGCCACUGGAGCUGGCCUGUUCUCCAGAAUUCUACUUUCUUCAUUGUGUGAGCAGGGGCCAAACGGUUGACAGUAUGGAUGAUUUAUGUUUUUUGUUUGUUCUAAGUUUAGCCAAGCAUUUUGACGCAUGGCUUGUCUUUUUG